GCCAAGCACCGUCCCUCCACAGAUGCUGACUGACCCGCUCAGCUCCACCACCGACAGGGACUUGUCAAAUAAUCUUCAUCCAACGUGCGCCGGCGUUCGUAAAACCACAGGUUUCGUUUUUAAAGCAUAAACCUGCAAGCCGCAGAGCUCUCAACAACAAAUGAACCAAACAAAAUGGAGAAAUAUGAGAAGGUUAUGACAAUAGGGAGAGGAGCAAGUGCAGAGGUCUACUUAAUGAAUAACUUGGAAACCAAAAAGCUGCAUGCUGUCAAAAGAAUAAAGAUUGAUUCAUCACUCAAGAUGAGAAGCAAGGAAGCUGUAAUGCAAGAAGCAACCAUUUUGACCAGCCUCAAGCACCCUCAUGUUGUCACUUGUCAUGAAUACUUCAUUGACCCAGGAGAAGAGUAUCUCUUCAUUGUCCAAGAUUAUUGUGAUGGAGGUACUUUGGAUGACUUGAUCCAGUCUAAAAAAGAGAAGGGUUUUUUUGCUGAGAAGGAUGUUAUGCGGUGGUUUGUUCAGUUAGUUAUGGCUAUUCAGUAUAUUCAUUCUCUGAAGAUUCUGCAUCGAGAUAUAAAAACAUCCAAUAUUUUUCUUACAAAGAAGGGCACAGUUAAGCUGGGCGAUUUUGGAAUAUCAAAAGUAAUGACCCACACUUUGGAUAUGGCAAAUACCUGUGUUGGCACACCAUGCUAUUUAAGCCCGGAACUCUGUCAAGACAUGCCCUACAGCUCUAAGUCUGAUAUUUGGGCCCUUGGUUGCCUUUUAUUUGAACUCUGUGCUUUGAAACCUGCAUUUCAUGCAAAGAACCUCUUAAGCUUGUUUUAUAAAAUCGUUAAGGGUGAGUAUGCUUGUGUACCCAGUAACUGCUCUGAAAAUUUGCACAAUCUGAUCAAAAAUCUUCUCUGCAAAUAUCCUGAAGAAAGACCCAGUGCCAACACUAUCCUUAAGAUACCUUACGCCCAGGAACACCUCAAGCUGUUCAUUAUAGACCAAGAAUUUCAGCUUACAAAAUAUAAUUCUGUGAAGGAUGCACACUCUGGGAAAAGGGACGGUAAUGAGAUCACUGAUCACCUCUGUCAGUCUUUGGAUCCUGGUGAAGAAGACACUUGUUCACCAUGUGGUCAAAAUGAUGGAAAUGCAACGGUGAUGCCCUCAGAGGUGUGCAAGAACGUUGGACUCCAUGAGGAAGAGGAUAAUUAUUCUGAUGACUUUGAUCAGGACAGUUUGUCCUCGACGGGGGAGCAUGCUGAGGAUGAAAUGACAGUACCAGUUUCAAGUGCUGACACCUCAGCGGUUACAGAAGCUACUGAUGAGAUGGACUAUACAGAGUACCCAGAUGAUUUUGAAGAGGAAGAAGUUGAUGUGGCAGAAAUAGUAUGUAACGCUCGAUCAGCUAUGGAAGUUGAAGCCACCAAUGAUUCAUUUCGUGAAGAAAGAGGUGGUCAAGAAGAAAUUGCUGUCAACCUGUGCAGUACCAUUAAGACUCUGACAGAAAAAUGUAUCGAUGAUGUUGGUCAGACCCUUUUCCAUGAAAUUGCUUCUCAAUUUCUCAAAGGUUUGACUCCCGAUGACCUUCAACAUCAGUUUGAGCAUCGGUUGGGCCCAGAUCACUUGGAGACAUGCUACAUUAUCUUCAACAUGAAUCAAGAAGAUGUUUGAUUCAAUAUGCUGCUGCAAUUCAAACAUUGCUGAUCUUUGUUUCUGGCAAUCAAGAGAGCUGUGUGGAAUUUUAUUUUGAGCAAGUACAACUGACUGAACAGAUUCUACUUUGCACAUUGUUUUGGGGUUUCAGGGAUAUCUGUCAUAAUAUUUUACCCCAUAACAUUGAGCACAAGGAUCUGAAGCUUACCACUGUUGUUGCAUGGUUAGUGGUUUACCGUGUGGCUAAUAAUGCUGUGAACUUUCUAAAUUUAUGAGGAAAAGUAGAUACUUUCCUGGUUCUUUUCUUGUUGUCUCCAAGAACUUUCCGAAAAGUUGGUUUGAUAUUAUCUUGUCUUUGCCUCAUUGCACAUAUUUCUCCUAAAUGUUGAAAAGUGGCAUGUAGAGUCAUGGAGUGUGGAAACAGGCCCUAAGUGUGGAAACAGGCCCUUUGGCCCAACUCGUCCAUGCUGACAUGAAUCUAAAGCUUUGCCUUUAGCAGCAAGAAUUUGGCACAUUAGGAAUCCUAAAGAUAUGUUGCCAAUUUUAUUUUCCCUCUCUCAUUGAGAAAUAUAUCUCUUAAUAUACCUCUUAGUGCUUAAUAUAUCCCAGUUUUGACUGCAAACUUACUUUGCAGGCAUUGUAAGGCAAUAAAAAAAAAACUAGGUUAUUUGAAGGCACCAGAUAGUGUAAUGAGAAGCAGAUAGAAUAUGUUCCUGAAGGGUAAGAUCAAAUAGGUUGAAGGCUUUCUGCUUUCUGCAUUCUAAUUUAUUUAAAUUAUAGACUGGGUAAUAUUUUUUUAUUUACUCCCUAUUUUUAUAGGAAAACAUAUCUUACUUAAUAUUUCUGUAGCUAUUUUGUAAUAAGGCAUACAUUUUUACUAAGUGCAUGGCGGAAGGAUAUGGUUCCCAAAUAGGCUGCUACCAUACUAAAGCAUUCCCUUUAGAACAUCUUGAUGGCAGUUUUACAGUUAUCCCAUUAUUAAAUCAUGAAGCAGACUGGGAAUCAGAUUUCCAGCUUAUGUGGUUUCUUAAGAAUAGGCAGGUAGGUAGGGAGUGUACGUGUGGAGGAGGGUGAUUUAUUUAGUUUGUAAUCACGCUCUGUAAUUAGUAUCACUAGAGCAACCAAACAGGUUUUGGGAGUUUGUACGCAUUGUUUUUAAAAUAAAGUUAAAUAGUCUAGUAAGACUAUUUUAAAUAAAGAGAUUAAAUGUCUCAAAUUGCCCAGUCCAUUCCCUGUACUUUCUUUUUUUAUUUUAUUGUAUAGUAGUGCAGAGGAUUAACAGAUCCUUGAUCUCAAAUUUAGAUGCAAAUUCUAUGCAUACUGAAAUCUUUACUUUCUAUAUCCUACAUUUAAUGAACAGGGACAUUCUGGUAUUUUGAGAUUGCUGCCUCACUGGACUUUAACUCGUACAUAAUUGUAAUUAAAAAGUAUUUUUAGCACUUGAUGAAAGAAUCUCAAUUACAGAUGGUAGUAUACUUUUAAAAGCCCAGUUGCAAUAAAAAACAUUUUGGAA